ACAAUAAGUCUCCAACUUAGCAAGAAAACCCGUACCAGGAGAUCAAAUCUAGAUCCUAAAUAUUUAUUUUUUUAUUUUACUAAAUUUCAUUUGAUUCAACUCUGUCUGCACUUUCUGAAAUAUAAAUAUUAUAAAUUUGCAAGAAAAAAUAGAGAAUGUGAUCAACACGCAAGAUGAAGAUGCAUUCCCCAAGUUAGAUAAAGAUGAUAUUAAGGCCAGCCGACUAUGCACUAUGGUGAUAUUCUUCGAAAGCUAAUCCGAUCCACUUGACAUUACGAUAGCAGCAGGCUCAAUUUACGUCAUGUAGAUUGUUUAAUCAGAUAACCAAUGUCCUGCAUCUGGGGUCAGUCAGUUGUAUUAAUCCUGAUGUAAGAGAAGAGAUUCAAAGAUGAUAAGAGUAAAGUACUAUGAGAUCCUCUCGAAUCUGAAUGUUUUCGUCAGUUUGUUCAUAAGUUGUAGUUUUCACAUUGACCGCCAUUACAAUGUGGUCGUUUGACAGGAAGAACGGUUUAACUCUCUUAACAAGAAAUGGAAUGCCAGACGAAGAAAUCAUUGGUUUAGAAAAAUCGAACAAUGUUAACUGUAUCAAGAUACAUACUUUCGAAGAAACAAAAAUUUAUAGACUAGAAAAAUUUGACAGUAAAUGCACACAAUUUGCAACUAGAUUUAAAAGUUGUUUAAACAGUAGAUCAAGUUUUGUGGAGAUGUGGAAAUGUCUUCAUACCGAAAAUAAGAACAAAGAAGACAAAAUUGCUGACAGCGGAGUAAAAAAUAAAGCAACCAAUGUAAAGGAGCAAACAGAAACAAAGAAAAAAGACCAAAUUGAUAUCGACGCAGAAAAAAAGAAAAAAGACCAAAUUGAUAUCGACGCAGAAAAAAAGAAAAAAGACCAAAUUGAUAUCGACGCAGAAAAAAAUAGAGCAACAAAUGCAAAGGAACAAACAGAGAAGAAGAAUAGAACAGAUGAAACAGAUAACAACGAAGAGAAUAUGAAAGAUGACGCACUUGAGCCUAAAGAAAGAGAUUACCAAAAAGAGUCUUCAGAUACAUGUGACUUAGAACAAAUGACAGAAGAGACAGACACUGAAAGUGACACACCAGAAAAGGAACUUAGCUUCGAAGAACAAAUUCAAAAAAAAUUCAAAGGAUAUUUUCCUUUGCCGGUAGGAAACCUCAAAGAGCCAUCAUCUACAAAUCUCGUGAGAGUUCCAGAUGAAUCCCAUACUAAACAGUUAGAAAAGGAAUUUAGGAGAAAACCUUUCAACUACUACACACUUAUGGUAGUAAACAUACCUGGAUUAUCUGAUAUUCCAGAUAAUAUACAAACUUGUAAAUUGGAGACCAUAGGUGGUAACCAUUCAAGAAUAGCCUUGAAAAACAUAUUGAAAGACAAAGAAUUGAGUUCAGAAGAACGAAAAAAAUACGAGGAACGCUUGUGUGCCGUAUACUGCUCUCUAACACCACAAGAAGCCAAGCGAGUUGGACUGGAGCACAAUACAAUUCACAGAUUUGGAAAGGAUAUAGAUAUCUUUGCAAGAAUUGAGUGUUUUCGUUCAACCUUGUUUCAAAGGGCUGGAUUCAAUAAAAAAUCAGACAUACAAACUAAAGAAACACCAGUAGACAAAAAUUUACUGAAUGAAUGGAAAAACGACUUAGAGAUGAUAACAGGAGUCGAAAAUAGGAAGAAACUGAAUAAUAAAUUUCGUUUCGAAUUGUUUUUGGCCCAGUUUUCAACCCCAUGCUGGUUGCAACUGAGAUCCUUUAUUGAUAACUUUAAAGGUAGCAAACGUAAACAAAAAAAUAAGAUAAGUGGAAGACAGUUACGGUGCUUAGAUGGGUUAAAGGAAAAGACUAUUUUGGAUCUUCUUCAGAAGAACAACAACCAGCAUGUUGACUUCUGUAAAUUCAAAGCCAUGUGUGACGAACAUAAAUCAAAGUCAUCGUCAGUGACAUCAAAGGGGAAGCACAAGGCCACAUUAAAAAAUGCUGUUACAGAAGAAGAAACAACUGAACCCGAUGGUGAAGAAAGAAUUAUCACUAUUGCUGAAGAAGAUGUGGUUAGUGAAAGUGCAAGUGAUGCAUCUGAAAGAGACGAGUAUAAACUUCUGUACUUAAAAAAUAAGACCCAUUUAGACGAUAGCUUAAAGAAAAUCAAUGUACUACACAAAGAAAACACAUCAAUGAAGCAAAAAUAUGCAGAACUCAAAAAUAGUUUCGAACAAGAAAAGUUGAGUAGCCAAAAUUGUAAAUGUGAAGCUGAUACUCUUAAAAAAGAAGUUAGUGAUCUGAAGAAGAAAUUAGGUAAUAUCUUCAAAGAAAACAAAGAAUUGAAAGAAGACAUAAACAAACGGAAGUUGGCAUCCGUGACAGAUUUUUGUGCCAGUACUAUCUCUGUGGAUCUUAAUCCAUCUCCAAGGAAAAAACUCUGUACAGAAAAUAACACAGACACCAAUGAUGGGAAAAGGAAACGUCAAAUGAAUGAGGAAAACACUGAGUACAAGGAUGGAGAAAAGGUUUUAUGCUUUUGGAAGCAGGACCAGAAGUGGUAUGAAGCUGAUAUCAUAGAGAAAAGGAGUAAAGGAUACUUUGUUAAAUUUGUACUCGAUGGAGUAGAGAGAGUUCUAAAGCAAAAGGACAUAAAAAAGAAGAAGACUGGAAAAAGAUGAUACUUUUGCAGUCAAAAUCCAUAUAAAAUGUGAAUUAAUAAAUGUGUAUAUAUUUA